CUAAUUCAGAUGAAUUCCACAAGCUACAGACAAAACAUCACAGUUCAAUACUGCUUUCCUGACAACAACUCGUCUUGCAGGAAGGAAAUCCGGACAGGACCUAUUAAUAUAUUUCUGCUCAUUUUUCUCUCAUGUGUAUCUGUGUUCACUGUGUUUCUGAACCUGCUGGUGAUCAUCUCCAUCUCUCACUUCAAGCAGCUCCACACUCCCACCAACCUGCUCAUCCUCUCUCUGGCUGUGGCGGAUCUUCUGGUGGGGCUGAUUGUUAUGCCUGUGAAUGUGAUGCAAUUGAUAGAUUCCUGUUGGUAUCUUGGAAAAAUGGCAUGCUGUCUUCUUCCCGUCAUCAAUUCACUUGUAUCGUCAGCAUCUCUCUGUAGCCUGGUUUUCAUUGCAGUUGACCGGUACAUUGCCAUCUGUGACCCUCUACUUUAUUCCACUAGAGUCACAGUUUGUAAAACCUCUUUGUUUAUCAUUCUGGGCUGGUCUUCAAGUCUGUUUUAUAUCAUAAUGUGUUUGUACUUUAAUGACCAUUUCCUUCCAUCUCAGAUAUCCACUAGAUGUGAAGGAGAGUGUGUAGUGGUCAUACAAUAUUCUUGGGUGAUUGUUGACCUAAUGGUGUCAUUUCUCGCUCCUUGCUGUGUAAUACUGAUCUUGUAUGCAGUCAUUUUUAAUGUGGCAAGACAUCAAGCUAAAGCCGUUAGAGCUGUGAGGAAUGAUGCCUCAAACAAACAAGGAAUCAAAGUUCCAAGCUCCUCUGAAACCAAAGCUGCAAAAAAAAUAGGUACUGUCAUUUUUGUCUAUCUUGCUUGCUGGAUACCGUUUUAUUUAAGUUCGCUGUUGGCUGACAGCUUGGUAUCUGUGUCAGUGCUAUAUACUGUGUUUGGCUGGCUUGUACUUAUUAACUCCUCUGUGAAUCCACUAAUAUAUGCCAUUUUCUAUCCAUGGUUCAGAAAAUCAGUAACGUUUUUUGUAACCUGUAGAAUAUUUAAGUCCUCAUCUUCAAGGCUUAAUUUGUUUCCCAAACAGUUUUAA